AGAUGGCGUGGAGUGGGACUGGCAGACGGUCGACGCGUAGAAAGGUGCCUACUACUACGUAGCUUGCUUAUCGAUAGCGGAGGGAAACACGACGGGACGCCAACCACCACCACCCCACGCGCUGUCGGUCGGCAUCUUCAAUCUUCACCACCUCGAGCCCAUGAACAGCCAGGGGACCAGACAGCCGGACAUUUACGUGCAGCAAUGCCGCAGCAUGCUGGCGGUGGCAAUGACCACGACCAUGUACUGUGGCGAGAUGCAUUUGCGACCGCCGAUUUGUACAAGUCUUCCUCGCUGUUCGACGAUGCUUCGGCCCACGAAUCAUUGCUCUUUGCGCCGUUGCAGCUAGAUGUGCCAGCCAUCCAACUCAAUCACCCGUACGCCCCAAAAGCACCACUCGACCAGGAGCUGCAUUUGCCAGACCCAGCCACCUUUGAGUUCGGUCCUCUGCCUACACUUGCCGCUCCUUCGGAUCAAUCAACCGUCUCUCUGGAACCUGCCUCCACCGAUACAGACCAUGUACAGGACGACCUAUGGCAGAUUGCUCUGGACCUGGGACCAGCAAACCAACACGUGACCUUCCAUUCAUGGGACGUCUUUGAGGAUCCUACUCAUUCCGAGCAGCAGUCACCUUAUUUUGCCGAAGCCGGUCAGCAACCUUUUGAUGCUUCCCUGGUCACAGAUGAAGCUAAGGCGCCGGCUGGUAGAGUGUUACAGUCCAACCUUCUACUCGAGUCUCUCUGGAACUUGGGCAUUGGUCGCUCGUCCAUUCUCUUCACCUUCAACCCCAAAACGGCUUCCUUUGAGCCUGCUGUAUCAGAUGGAAGAGCGUCUGGUAUUAGCUUGCGCGCCGCCCAGAGCGUUAUCAAUCACUUCAUCGACACUGGCAAUGCUUUCGUCUAUCUGCGAUCUUUCGUGGAGCGUACGGUUGCUACAAUUGCCUCCAUAUCUGCCAGAAUUGCCUUGGCCACGUCCAUAUCGACUAUACUCUCCACAUUUGAACACUACCUCGGCCAACACUCUGCACACAUAUCAUCUCUACUUCAGUUACAGCGCCUUUUUGAGAAGCCUCGCGUCAUUCUUAGCCACCUUUGCCGCGCCGUAGAAACCACCAAGCAAGCCAGGACCAACGAACAACUGUCAUCUAUAUUGCAUCAUCGCGCAUUGGAGGCAGAGGAAGGCGAUGACGGCCUCCGUCUCUUGUCGUCUGAAAUCCUUCGGCGUGUAGCCCAACCAAGUAUGGACAUCGUUGGAGAAUGGAUCGGCAUUCAACAAGAGCAACACACCGCCCCUGUUGCAGAGCGUGGCAGCUUCGUCCAUGUUCAUGACAGCUCAGAGUAUGGUCCUGAAGAGUACGCUUAUCGUUCUGAGGCAAUGCCUGAUUACGUAUCCGUCGAAGAUGGCAGAACUAUAUUUGAAACGGGAAACAGUCUUAGGUUUGUGAAAUCCCAUCAUCCAGAGCAUCCUCUGGCUUCGAUGACCAAGCACUCUGUGCAACCGCCUUCCCUGGAGUGGGGUUUUACGUGGAAGGAUAUUGAAGACAUUUCUCGGAAAGCAAAGGACUACGAGGAAGAGCUGCGAACUGCAAUCCUAGGAUUUUCUAAGGGAAGGGGUUCGACCACAGCUACCACUACUGUGACUAGCUCGAAGCCCACUAAACCUCCCAAUGAGAGUUUAGGUGGAAACGAUUUCGGAGCCUAUCUCAACGAAACUAUGCAGGUCUUUGACGCUUCACCUGGCCAGCCUCAUAAAGAACUUCCUAAUGAGCUUAUGCAGCUUACUGAACGAAUACUGGAUAGUGCUGUUCUGUCCAAAUCAGCUUCAUCGAGUAGCAAAUUUGCCCCUCCUCUAUCCACCACCUCCACACUGUCCAUUCGCCCCCUCCUCACAGCCCAGGCAAAACUGGUAAAUGCAACAACUUUACGCUUGUUCUUUCGCUCCCAUCAACUUCAACUGCACUUUUCACUGCAGCGGCAGUACCAAUUAUUGGGUGACGGCGUCUUUUCUUCACGUUUAGCAUCGGCCCUCUUCGAUCCAGAACGGGAGAGUGCUGAGCGUCAUAAAGGACAGAUGCGUAGUGGAGUGCAUAUGGGCCUCCACUUGGGAUCUCGAGAAAACUGGCCCCCUGCCAGCUCGGAACUGAGGCUUGCGCUCAUGGGUGUGUUGAGUGAAAGUUAUUACUCCUCAGCCCUCUUUCACUCCAUACAAGAUCAAGCAUCGAAGACGGAGCAGCGACGGAAAAAUGAUGAGCUACCGGGACAGCUCAACUUUGCCGUGCGACAGUUGACCGAAGUAGAUAUGGAAAGAAUCAUGGAUCCUUACGGCCUGUACGCCAUCGACUUCCUCCGCUUGCAAUACGUUCCACCGAAUCCUCUCAACCUCGUCAUCAGUUCGUCCGCCCUCGAAAAGUACGAUACAAUCUUCAAAUUUCUCCUUCGACUCCUACGCCUGCUUUAUGUAGUUGGGCGCUUACCCCAGCAGUACGCGGAUGUUGAAUCCCGAUACUUCAGAAUGGAGGCGCACCACUUCGUGACCACGCUUUCCACGUACAUAUUCCAAACCGGCAUAGCCGAGCAUUGGGAUGUUUUUAGCUCCUAUAUCGGGACGCUGGAACGUCGCUUGUCCGAGGAGGACGCUGCUUCUGAACUGGGCACUCACGUCACGGAAAGCCUAGGCACCCUUCGUGACGCGCACGAGAAAUGCCUCGACAGUAUCCUAUUCUCUCUGCUUCUUCGCAAUCGCCAGCGCAAGGUUAUGGCGCUUAUGGAAGAGAUCUUCGAGCUCAUCCUUCUGUUUGCGAAGAGACAGAGUCCGGAGCUGCUAGUCGCGGAAAGUGCAAAGGACCUUUACAUCAAUCUCAAGGGAAAAAUCAGGGUGUUCCUGGGUGUCUGUAGGCAACUAACGGGGAGGAAAGGGUAUGGAAAGGGUAGAGGGACUGCGGAGGAGAACACUUUAGAAAGGCUUAUCGUUUUGUUGGAGAUGAACGGAUACUUUUCCAAGAGCGUCAAUUAA